GGCAGCUUUCCUUUGCAUGCUAAAGCAAGCACUGAUAUCCAUACAUUUUGCGUUCUGUUUUCCUUCGGCUUCCACUUCCAGGCUCCAGCCCUAAUAAAACACGCCUCCGCCUUCUCCUCCUCCCUCUUUCAUCCAUCACCGCCGCCCCAAUCCUCCACUACAUAAUGCCAAACAAAAUCAAACCUUGAAAUACACAAUUGUCUUGAACAAUAUUAUUUCUUUUUCUUUUUUCUUUCUGACCCACCCUCCCUCUGCUCGCCUUAUCUCAAGUCUCAACCACAAAAAUCGAAGAUACGCAUAACCCCAAAUAUCCUUGCUCACUUUCCCUCCCUUGUGUUUCUUAUUGUUCUUCAAUUUCCCCAUUUCAUUUCCUAUUUAUACCCCUUUCUUCAUAUCUGGGUUCAUCUCGCUUUUCAUCUCCAUACCCUAUAAUACUAUAAUCUUUCCUUUCUAGCCCUAGCCCCUUGCAAUAAAACAAACUUUAUCCUGAAAACCCCAUUCUUUUCUUUCGUUUAAAGCUAUUCUUUUUUUAAUUUUUUAUUUAGAAAUGGCAAUCGCGUACCGGCAGGUUUUGGGUUCGGAAAAGCUGGAGAACAAGGAGCCUCUCCCGUCUUCUUCUUCUUGCUCUCCUGUUAUUCUCACUCAAGAUGAGCUGAAGAAACUUGCCGCUUACAAGGCCGUGGAGUAUGUGGAGUCCGGCAUGGUGGUGGGUCUGGGCACCGGCUCCACCGCCAAGCACGCGGUGGACCGCAUUGGGGAGCUGCUGCGGCAAGGGAAGCUGAAGAAUAUUGUGGGGAUACCAACUUCCAAGAUGACCCACGAGCAAGCCGUUUCCUUGGGGAUUCCCUUGUCGGAUUUGAAUGCCCACCCGAUUGUGGAUCUGGCGAUUGACGGGGCGGAUGAAGUGGACCCGUACAUGAACCUGGUUAAGGGCCGUGGCGGGUCUUUGCUCCGGGAGAAGAUGGUGGAGGCCGCGUCCAAGAAGUUUAUCGUGAUUGUGGACGAGUCAAAGCUGGUGGGGCAUUUGGGAGGGAGUGGCCUGGCCAUGCCUGUUGAAAUAGUCCCAUUCUGCUGGGAAUUCACCUUGAAGAGGCUUGAGAUGUUGUUUAUGGAAGCCGGGUGUGUGGGGAAGCUCAGGACAGGCCCCAGGGAUACCACUCACCCCUUUGUUACUGACAAUGGGAAUUACAUUAUUGAUUUGUAUUUCAAGAAAGAUAUGGGUGACCUUAAGGCUGCAAGUGAUGCAAUUUUGAGGCUUGCAGGUGUGGUUGAGCAUGGGAUGUUUCUUGAUAUGGCCACCACUUUGAUUGUGGCUGGGAAGCUGGGGAUCACUGUUGCCAAUAAGUAGUAGUCAUUAGUCAAGGAUUCAAAUUGUCUUUCUUUCUUUAUUAGGAGCCUUUGUGUCAACUCACAUUUCUGAUUACUUGAGGAAUUUGCCUCAAAUUUUUCUAUCAGAAUCAAAAUUAACAUUACAGUUUCAAAACUCUUUAAAGUUUCAAUUCCUUCUUU